AGCUGACAUGGAGGAGUUAUAUAUGGUGCAGGAAAUCCAGCAUUGGUCAUAGCUCGUGGUGGUUUUUCAGGGAUAUUUCCUGAUUCCAGUGAUAUUGCUUAUCUUUUUGCUGUAAUAGCUAGUUUAAAAAAUGUCAUUCUAUGGUGUGACGUGCAAUUAACGAAAGAUUCGCAGGGGAUCUGCAUCCCGGACCUCAAGCUUGAAAAUGCCACUAAUAUUGCUCAAACUGCUAAAUGUAAAAGUAGCACUUACCAAGUUAAUGGUGUAACAACCAGCGGCUAUUUUUCUGUGGAUUACCCCUUAAAGGAGCUACGUUCCAACAAUGUCUUCCGUAAGUUCUACUCAUGUUAAUGAUGUAUUUAAUUAUGAUGAUAAUAGAAAAACAGCUAAUCUUUUCAUAGAUUUAUGCCAUAAUCUCUUUCUCGAUCUUUAUAAAUGAGUUGAAAUCUUCAAUCCUGUUCUUCAAAACACCUGAAUUGCUAACUAUUUUGGUUACUGGACAGUGGUUCAGGGAAAUUACGUACGAACAAAGAGGCUUGAUUACAAUGCAUUCGAAAUUCUUACUGUGAAUGAUGUGGUUGAAACAGCAUCCCCGCCAGGAUUGUGGUUGAAUAUACAGCAUGAUGCAUUCUACACACAACACAAAUUGAGUAUGAAAAACUUCGUACGUCUAAAUGUCAGUUACAUCUCAUCACCUGAAGCCGGUUUCCUCAGAAGUAUAAGAACACUCAUCAACCCAAAAACAACAAAACUGGUCUUCAGGUUUCCGGAAAACGAGGAAGUAGAUCCAUCAACCAACCAGAGUUAUGCUUCACUGUUGAAAAAUCUAACAUCUAUCAAGACAUUUGCUUCAGGAAUUCUUGUUCCCAAAGACUACAUAUGGCCUGUGGAUCCAAAGAGUCAUUAUCUACAACCUCAUACAUCUUUGGUCUCCAAUGCGCAUACAGUGGGGCUGGAAGUCUUUGCUUCAACAUUCGUGAAUGACAUUCCAAUCAGCUAUGACCCUGUUUCCGAGCACUUGAGUUUCAUUGAGAAUGGAAACUUCUCUGUUGAUAGUGUGUUGUCUGACUUCCCUCUAACGUCAUCUGCAGCUAUAGGGUAUACACGAGUAUGAAACUUCUCCCCUUUAAAUGACUAUUCAUUUCUGUUCUUAUUAUGCAGACUGCUUUGCACACAUGGGCCUCAAUGAUCCGAAAAAAGGUGCGUUAAAGUCAGACUUUUUCUUCCUACUUCUGAUUUCCUGAUUACCUAAUCUUUCGAAACAAACUUUUUGGAAUUUUUAGAACUAACUUUCUGAAAAUGCAUUUCGAAAUGAGCUUUCCCAAAAAAUAUUUCCAAAAUAAGUUUUUUUCGAACAUAUAUGAUAUAUUUCAGAACAGAACUUUUAGAAUAAACUUUUCGGAAUAUAAAUGAUAGCUUUCGAAAUGAACUUUCCAAAAUGAGCUCUCUCUUCUUCCGCUCACUGAGUGUAGUGGAGAACGAGGUGCAGCGACAUUAGCAGCAGCAGCAGCUGUGGCGUGAAGGAGAGAACUUUAGAUUUUUUUCUUCUAAUAUGGGAUGCAGGAAGAAAAAUCCCUAAAAUCAAUGCAUUGUGAUGCAGGAAGAAAAAUCCCUAAGGCACAGUUA